AUGGCCCGUUUCUCGUCGGCGGCAAGCGAACUUGCCCAGGUCUGGCAAGGAUACUUUGCGUCAUCUUUUAGAAAACGGCCACGCUUCAAAAUAAGGAAGUUUCCCGAAGAACGUUGGCUUGGUGUAUUCAAAGCACACACAUCCGAAAAGAGAAAAGGCAAAUUGAAGAAAACGGAUGCCCCAGCCAUUGUUUUACUACUAGCCCACCCGUUCAUGUGCACUUACAGAUUUCUGCGCGAGAAGACCAUGGCAGUCUCUCAGAACUACGACGUGUUCUUAAGCUACAGAGGCCCGGACACUAGCACCGGCUUCACCGAUUUCCUCUACAACAGCCUGGUAGCUGCUGGGUUCCACGUGUUCAGGGAUGACAAUGCGGUCCCGGUCAGCGACGAGAUAGGUCUGGAAGUUCUCCGGGCCAUCAGAAGUUGUAGGAUCGCGAUCCCCAUCAUCUCCGAACAAUAUGUGCAGAGUAAAUUGUGCCUCCGCGAGCUCGCUGAGAUGAUGGAGUGCCGCAGAAAGCAUGGCAAAUCAGUCUUCCCUGUAUUCUAUAAGGUGGAUGUUGUUGAUGUAGGUUGCCAACGCGGUAAAAUCGAACAGGCUCUAUUUGAACAUGAGAGGCAGUGCAGCUCAGAAGAAGUGCGAGCAUGGCGGAAAGAGCUGGCUUCUGUAGCGAGGAUUGGAGGAUGGACAUCACAGACCAUUGCUGAUGGGCGUGAAGCAGAGCUGGUGGAAAUGGUGCGCGAUAAGGUUUCAUAUAAAUUGAAGUCGAUGUGGAUCGAACGGCUCCCCAUGUUCAUAAGAUCAGAGUAUUUUUGCUUUUCGGAGAAAAAAAGAAGAGACAGUAAAUGUCAAGUGUUCUUGGCCUUUCGUGGCUCUGAUACCCGAUAUGACCUUGCUGCUUACCUCUACAUAAGUCUUGUAGCUGUAGGAAUCAGAGUAUUUAAGGAUGAUGAUCCGUGCCUCAUAGGUAAAGAUGUUGAUCAUGAGAUUCGCAAUGCCAUCGAGCACUGCAAGAUAUCCAUUCCGAUUCUCUCUGAAAACUAUGCCUCCUCUCAUUGGUGCCUCGAUGAUCUAGCUCAAAUGGUGGAAUGCAAGAGAAGAAAGGGACAAAAGAUAUUGCCCAUUUUCUAUAAAGUGAAGCCCUCGCAUGUCAAAGACGUAUCCCAUUUGUUUGGAGAGCACAUGCUUCAACACAAGGAGCUAGUCGACAAGGGUACUUAUGAGCGGUUGGAACGAGCUCUCAGGGAGGUUGGUUCCUACAAAGGAUGGGUUGCCGAUGGGCAUGAAGAGGUACUUGUGAAACAGGUUGUGGAAGAGGUUUCGAAGCUAUUGAAGAAUCCCCUAGACCUCAUCUCCAUCCACUAA